CCAGCACCACAGUCAGCACUCUUGAUCAGAACAGGCUCGUUGAAACGACUGGAACACACACAGCUGGAGCUACGGCAUCGGAGCGAACUCACCAGCAUACUCGAUUCUCACAACAGUUUCGCAACCCGGGCUAGUUUUUCGGCAAAGGAUCGUCUGAGAACGUCUACAGGGUCGAAGUAGUGUGCAUUCAUCAUGUCUCUCAUCCGACGCCUUUUAGCGCUCUGUGUGAUCCUCGCGGUCGUCGGGUCGGCCAGCGGGCAAUGCGCGCGCACGUUUCAGCAAUGCGACUUCUUCUUCCUGUAUAACCGGGCGCGUCCACCGAUUUUCCAGCUCUCGCCGCUGCAGGUCAACCGGCUCCUCAGCACCCCCGUGUACCACAGGACUGGGCUGAAAGUGCUAUCUGCGAACAGCAACGGCAACAUGAGUUGCAAUGGCCCCCAGUGCAGCCCGAUCUUCUACUUCACGAGCGCCACAGUGAGCUCCGCUGGCGGGGGCCGAUAUCCCAUGGCGGCCAACUGCCUGGCGCAGCACCCCAUCCCCACAUACGUCUACAAGGAGUACCGCAAUAAGUGCAUUCUUCUUUACAUGGAUAACCUCGUCCUACCCCGCAUUGGCUGGUUGAACCCUAACGACAACAAGCAAGAGAAAUUUCCAGAGAGUCGACGCUGUGUUGUUUUCUACACCAAAAUAUGACACCAGACCUCCAAUUAGGACCAAUAAAUUGCCCAUAAUUGAAUGUUUCAAAGGGCAAUAAUGGCAUGUUGCCAUCUAGAUUUUUUAUUGAGAUUACCUGUAUGUUUAGAGCUCAUUCAAUAAGCAGAUUAAAUGAUUAAAUAACGGAGGUGGGCAUGAGCUAGCAUUGUAGGAUAAACAUACUAGGAUGAACACUUUUGUUCACAAAGGUCAGCACCCACCUUCGUAGCAUUGUAGGA